UGUGUUGAACAGUGGAGGUUUUAAUCAGAUGAUAUCUGAAUCUCACUGAUGUACAAAUGAAACAAUGCAAGUGUUUACCUUCCUUUGAAAGAUGCUACUUCAAAACCAUGGAAACAGAAACGUACAGCUCCUGUUUCCACCGGGAAGGUUUGUGACUAGACAAAAAUACUAAAACUAGGAUAGAAAUGACUAAAAUGUAACUUAAACUAAUGAAUAUUGUCAUCUUAAGACUUCGACUGAAUCUACAAUCAACACAAAAAAUUUCCUUGAUAGUGACUAUGGACAGAGACCAGCCGUGACAGUUGGGCUGAGGAGGGUCCACAUUCAGACCCGCCAAUUUGUACGCAUUUUGCGUACCCAGGAUGCAUUUUGACCCUUAAGUACGCUUGUACGAAUUGCUGCUCUCAUGGUACACAUUUUGUUGCAUUUCGCAGAUCGCCGGUUUCAGUUUCUAUGCAAGUUCAGAUCUAUGAAGUUGCUUCUGACGCUGAGCCACAACAAUCUACGUGUAAGUGGAAUGAAAAGCUUUUGGCCAAUCAGAGCGAUGCAUUUUAACACCCUCGUCUACCUGCCAGUCCUACCAAAUGCUUCGCACAUUCAAUUCAAUUCAGUGCAUCACGCAAACCAAGCUGGCCAGAUAACUGAUCCCUCUUUGGCCGCUUGCCAUCACUGCCGAUGCAAACAGCAUUGAAAAGGUAAAAUUAAGACAUUGAGUUUACCCGACGGUGUUGUUAAUCAAAGUUACCGUUCAUCAAUAUUGUGUGUUUGUUGCAAAUAACGGUUAAGUUUCCCCGAAUCCAUUACUGCAGCACACAAAACUGUAGGCUUGCGUGCCAUGGUGGCAGAACUGCCUCCAAAAAAGGUUCGGAAACCUCAAAGAUUUCAGCUAUCCUGCGUUGCCUGCACAUGUCCAAGUGACCCCAUCACACGUUCUGCGCCUUGUGCUAGACGAGGGCAUGUGAGUGGAGUGGAGUGCGGAGCAAGCAGGGAUCGGAGCAUGUGAAAUAUAGUCUGAGCGCAGAGCAGGUUUUAAUCCAAAGGCCAGAGCGUUGGUUCCGUUUUGCUCCAGUUCCGCUAGGAACUGGAGCAAAACGGAAGGGUUGAGCCAUGCACUGUAUUUGCUUCCAACUUUUCUUGGCGUAUAGAUCACUUUGGUCAAAAAGUCCUGAUGGCAUGAUUGGUUUCCCCUUCAUCACAUUAGAAUGUGAUUUGGUGUGAGCGCUUCAAGGUCAUUCGGGUCAUCUGAGACCUCUGUAAUGGGUCUGUCAUUUAGAAUUGCCUCAACCUCACAGAAAAUGGUUUGGAGCCCUUCAUCAUCCAGAAUUUGCUGUUUCAGAACUGAAGUGAGAACACUCUUCACUGAACGAGUCAGGCGCUCCCAAACACCACCCUGAUGGGAAGCUGCUGGUAUGUUAAAGCUCCAGUUUAUGCCCUCCUUGACCAAAGCUCUUUGAAUUUUGCCAUGAUUUAAAUCAGCCAGAGUUUCUUUCAGCUCCUGAUAGGCUCCAGCAAAAUUUGUGCCAUUAUCAGACCUGAUAGAUGAGACUGGUCCUCGUCUACAGAUAAACCUCCGAACUGCAUUUAAACAGGAGUCUGCAUCCAGUGUAUAUGCAACUUCCAAGUGUACAGCCCGACUGGUCAAACAGGUGAAAAGUGACUUCUUCCUCUUUUAAUAUCGACAGGGCCAAAAUAGUCAACUCCAACAUCUGUGAAAGGUGCUUUGUCAGGCAGCACUCUCUCCUCAGGCAAGUCUGCCUUCUGCUGUUCACCAAGCUUUCCUCUGUUGCGUCUACAAGCAACGCAGAUAUUACCUUCCUGGCCGCAGAGUUUGCACUAAUAAUCCAGCACUUCUGUUGUAAACUGGAUAGCAUGUGAUUUCUUCCUGCAUGCCCCAGUUGCUGAUGGAUAUGACGCAGAGUUAGUGUGGAUGUGUGUAGGUCUUUGGUCAAGAUGACUGGAUGUUGGCAUUCUAAUGGCAUUGCUGCUUUACUCAGUCAACCGCCCACCUGGAGGAUUUCACCAGCCAUUACUGGGUCCAGUUUGUACAGUAGACUGUCUUUGGGAAUGUUUUUGCAGCCACCCUUCAGUGAGGCAAUUUCGCUUCUGAACUUGUGUUUUUGCACAAAUUGGAUAAUUGACUGGUCCGCCUUAGCAAGAUCUUCAGGAGUAAGAAGCUAUGAAUUUUCCUUUCCACUUCCUAUUCUUGAAUCUGGGGAUUGUCCUUUCUGAGGCCUGCAGAUGCACAAAACUCCUUUCUCUUCUGUCCUGACAACAUCAGAGUUUCCUCGACCUUCAGAAACCAAGCUGCAGAUGUUUUUAGCUUCAUCCAAGAUGAAAAAUAACAGAUGAGGUGGUCGGUGGCAAUUGUCAGCUCCUUAAUAACCAUUUUCACUAUCAAGUGCCUUUUGACCUCUGGGUCAUCCGCAGGAAUCGUACCAAGGUCCACAUCCAGUUUAGGCCAUUCCUCCUUUGACCUAUAGAGAAACUGAGGUCCAUUUAUCCACCUCCUGCCAUUCAGGAAAUCCUCAGCUGUCCUUCCUCUUAAUGCUUCAUCUGCUGGAUUUCCUUAAAACCCACAUAUCUCCACUGAUUAACUUCUGCUGCUUCCCUAAUGGCAGAGGUUCUGUUUGCCACAAAGGUGUGAAAUCUCCUGUUUUCAUUGCAGAUGUAUUUAAGGACUAUUGUGCUGUCGGUCAAGAAAACUGACUUCUCCAGCUUAAGUUGCAGCUCUUUCUGUAGCAUUUUAUCCACUCGAACAGCAAGAACUGCAGCUGUGAGUUCCAAUCAAGGAAUUGUGAUCUGCCUUAGAGGAGCAACUCUGGCCUUUCCCAAGAGAAAUGCAAAGUGUACUUGGUGAUCCUUCUCCAGUCUUAGAUAAGACACAGUUCCAUAUCCAGCUUGACUGGCAUCCAAAAAGUGGUGAAGCUGGAUCUCCAAAGUCUCUGGGUUUAAUACAGCAGUCCACUUUGAAUUCAGCCACCCUUUGGAGGCCCUCCAGCCAGUCAGACCACUGCUCAGCAAAAGAAUUGGGAAUUGCCUCAUCCCAACCCAAAUUUCUCCUACAAAGCUCCUGCAGCAACAGCUUUGCAGGCAGACUAAAUGGGGUUAGAGGAUUACACAUUUCAAACCAUAAUAUCAAGCUCAUGAAGCCGUAAUAAAAAAAGAGUUUCCAGGCCACCCCAUUCCUGUUUACAAGUGCAGGAUUUUGCAGGCCAUAACAUUGGUUGACAUUAGGGAUUUUUCCCAUAGACUUGUAUUGGUGACUCGCGAAUUUCAAGAUCUUGAAAUUAUGGCAGGGGUUAGACGCCACGAAUGGGUGAAGUUCACUAAGCGGCCACCAGAUAGCGCCAUUGCGCCAAAAGGGAGGCCAUGAGUACAACUUUUGAAGCCAUAAUUAUGAGGAAAGUUGCAGACCUACAGACCUCCAGAUUCCCCUCUCUCCAUGUGGCCUCUCUGUGUGGGCUACACUCCCCCAGCCCAGAAUCCUCCCUCCCUCUGGUUGUCUGCUUAUGAUACCGGCUUCCAAACUUGUAUUCAUGGUCUCUGGCUCCCCACCAACAGCCCCCAAGAAGCCUCCAGAUUCUCCCCUCUCCAUCCUUGGUUCUUUGCCCAGAAUCAGAGCACUAUGUGUGGACUACAGACCUCCUGAUUCUCCCCUCUCAAUCCUUGGUUCUUUUCACAGGAUCAGAGCACUCUGUGUCGGCUACAGACCUCCUGAUUCUCCCCUCUCCAUCCUUGUUUUUUUACCCAGGAUCAGAGCGCUCUGUGUCGGCUACAGGCCUCCAGAUUCUCCCCUUUCCAUCCUUGUUUUUUUACCCAGGAUCAGAGCGCUCUGUGUCGGCUACAGACCUCCUGAUUCCCCCCUCUCCAUCCUUGGUUCUUUGCCCAGGAUCAGAGCACUCUGUGUCGGCUACAGACCUCCAGAUUCUCCCCUCUCCAUCCUCAGUUCUUUGCCCAGGAUCAGAGCACUCUGUGUGAGCUACAGACCUCCAGAUUCUCCCCUCUCCAUCCUUGGUUUUUUACCCAGGAUCAGAGCACUCUGUGUGGGCUACAGACCUCCUGAUUCCCCCCUCUCCAUCCUUGGUUCUUUGCCCGGGAUCAGACCACUCUGCGUGGGCUACAGACCUCCAGAUUCUCACUUUUCCAUACUUGUUUUUUUUUUUUUUUUUUUUUUUUACCAAGGACCAGGCUGGCUUUUUUUGGCAUCUUUGGCCUCCCAACCAGCCCCUUCUCCAGGGACCUUGCCCACCAGCCGACCCUGUGCACCCACUCUUACACACCCCCCCGGGAUAAAGCCCAUAGCCCGUCCCACUGGAGGUUCGUCCCCCCGGUACUCCAUUAAAAGUUUCGUGCCCCUGGAACUCCAUUCCUUGUCCAAUAGUUCUGCAUUCACCCGCCUCCCUCUGGUUCUCCUCUUAUAAUUGCGGCUUCCAAACUUGUAUUCAUGGACUCUGGCUCCCUACCAACAGCCCCUUGAAAGCCCAGGCUGGCUUCCUGGCACCCUUCAUCCCAACCAGUCCUUUCUCCAGGGACCUUGCCCACCAGCCAAACCUAUGCAGCCACUCUUAAGCACCCCCCCGGCAUAAAGCCCAUAGCCUGCCCUGCUGGAGGUUUGUGCCCCUGGUACUCCAUUUAAAGUUUCAUGCCCCUGGUACUCCGUUUUAAAUCCAUUGACUGAGAGUGGGACUUCCUGGAGGCUCCUGUGGGGCUGUGGCACAGAAACCAAAGUCAGUAAAUAGAAGGUGGAAUGCCGUAAUUUCGAGAUGUCCCUUGCCAGCAACCUUGCAAUCAUGUCCCAUGGCUCUUGACUCCCCCGCUGGUAAAAUCAUAGAAUACAGCUUUUUGAAAAGCCAUAAGCAAAACUGGUAAAUGCGUAACAUGGCCUGACAACCUCUAAUUAGGGCUAGAAAUCCUAAAGGGUCAUAAAGUGAACUGACCACUGAAAAAAAUCCCUUUUCUGGUCUGUGGUUGUUCUGUUCUGUUGUUGUGCUGAGGUCCUGAACUUAAAUUUGUCGGUUUCAAUGCACCACUAUAGUCCAAGUGCUCGUUCCAUUGGAAGUUAGUCAGCGUCAAAAUCCAGCUCCAUCAUGUCUGUUGCUCUGCUGUCCUCAGCAAUUGAUAGUAGCACUGUUGUUGCAGCUGUUGCUGAUCCACUUGGAAAGCUUGAAUCCUCCUUUAUGACAGAGAGCAGUCAAAUGCUCACCAUGUGCAGUGCUUCCUCCACUGAAGCCAUCAAUUUCAGACAGUCAUCUACAUAAAAGUUACAUUUUGAGUGUAUUGACCACUUCAAUAGGGAACUGUUUGGCAUUACCAUCUGCAGUUCUCCUAAAAGCAUAAUUUGCACAACUUGGUGAUGAUACAGGUCCAAACAGAUGUACAGAUGAUAUCUUCUCUAGACAUUUCAAUCUGUUCUUCUGAUGAUCUCUCAUUAAAGUCCUGAUUAUACUGUUUAACCAGCAUUUCUUGAAGGUGUUCAACUGAGAUUCAGUUUGUUGUUACAGCACAGCAACCACGCCUACUCCUGCUGCAUCAUCCUGGCUGUUUAUCAACUCCCAAGGUUCCAUAACUGUAGGGGCAUCUGUUCCAAUAGGCAAAUCAAUGCCUGCAUCAAUGUCAUAGAGCUUGACUUGCUUCAAAUACAACAACUUAUCAACAUCCACUUGUCAUGGAACAUUGAGCGUGGAGACUGGCAUGGUCCUCUAAGUUAAAACGGCCGGUAACUCACUGAAAUCAGUCAUGUCCAUAUCACUUCAAGACCUGACAGAACAUGAGCAUUUGACCCAUUGUUCUUAACAGAAUACUUGUCCUUUUACCUUUCAGGUUCAACUUCCUUGCCAAGUCUUUUGUACAGAAAGUGCCAGAACUCCCUGGAUCCAAGAGGGCAUAUGUCUGUACAGUUUUGUUACUCCUUUGGCUCUUGACCUUAACUGCUACAAUAGAAAAGAUGGAGUCAUCUUCACAACCAGCCCCAAUAUGGCCACAGAUGACCAGAAUUGGAGGCCUUAUACUUGGUAGAUGAUCACAGCAACAUUUCUCAAUUUUUCUCUUAAUUCAUAAGGAAGUUUCAGGAUGAUGCUCCUCAUAUUUGAUGGUGUCCAGUUCAUAAUCUUUUCCAUAUAAGCAGAUGCAGCUUUCAUGCUCAUUUCCAAAAAGACCUUUGGCCCUGUGGUAUCCCUGCUCAGAAGGGACUGAAAGCUCGUGUCUGGACUGAUGCCCUCUCUCUGACCUCCACCUGAGACGAACACACGGCUGUUUACUCCUUACUCCUGUCGUCUCUGCCAGGCAGACAGGCAGACAGGCAGACAAGGCCAGCAGACAGGGAGAAAGACAGGGCGACUGAGAAUGAAUCCUAUGAGCAAAAGCAAAGUUCACAAAGAGCAAAGAACUCUAGAAAAAUCAGUAGGAGAUGGAGUCAGUAAUACCGCAGAGGAAGAUCAACAAUCUGGCGAGGAUGGAGUGAGGAACCGGAGUAGAUACACUGCAGAGCUGAUUACCGGAUGGACUGCAGGUGAGCAGCCUGGAGCAGGUGUGUAGGGAGAGAAUGAUGCCACGCCCACCACACAGACACAAGGCAAGUUCAUGAUCACGCAGCACUGUGCAGCAUCGCGCAGUGCUGCCUAAAUCAUGAUGCAUGCUGGUUAAAAUGUGUCCGUGAUGACCUGGAUGGGAGUGGUUUCUGCUCCGCAUUCUAUGUCACAUGACCUUCAGGUAUCACAGGACCAAGCUGAGCAGUUGCUCUCCAGGUGCAGCAUGAGUCUAGACCCCACCUUCAUAACAUCAGACUUUGCCCUAAUUGGCUUUUGUCUACGCUGACGUAUAUGACGUGUGUUUCGAUGAAUUUGCAUAUCCAUGAGCAUCUGUGCCUCUUUUCUACUCAAAUAUCACAUACUUUGAGAUAAAUAGCAGCCAUGUGGCUGCACCUAUGGGACAGUCAACAUGAAUAUAUCUAGAAAAUCCUUCAUGUAACGCAACAACCCUGAAAGAUCAGAAUCAGAAUCAGAAUCCUUUUAUUGUCAUUGCACAGUGUACAACGAAAUUUUAGCAGCAUCCGAUUAUUCACACAACAUAAAUAGAGUAAGAAGAACAAG